AUGCCGAGGCACGUAGUUCCUCCAUCUAAACUUCUAUCAGGCUCAAUUAUGCCACCGAUCUUGGCUGCCGAUGGAGAUUUAUCGGUUCUGUAUGCACAGGAAGAGGGAAGGCCUUGUGAGUAUAUGGACUUCCAAGUUGAUAUCAAUGAGAAAAAGAGAUCUAUCGUGGCUGAUAGGCUGAUUGAAGUGCACCACAACUAUGGACUACUGCCUGAGACUUUGUAUCUCACGUUUCAGAUACUCGAUCGGUACCUAUCGAAGGAGAGAGUGUUGGGGACGGAAUUGCUUCUCGUGGGAGUGAGCGCUCUGCUCAUUGCGUCCGAGUAUGAAGAGCCGACGCCUCGGAAGGUGUAUAUAAGCUGUCUUCUAUCUCAGGUUCUUUUACUUCCUUUCCCUCUCAUGAUGAGCCGAGAAACUUGCAUUCUGAUCGUGCCUUGUGUUCAGAACGAAGACUGCGGUGAAGUAUCAUACCAUGUAUAUACCAAGGAGCAGAUACUGGCCAAAGAGAAGGCAAUCGUGAAGGCACUCCGAUGGAACCUGUCUGUUCGCACGCAGUAUGUAUUUCUCGUGCGCUUCGUGAGAGCAGCCAUGUCCGAUAAGGAGGUGCCCAGUCUCGUUCAUGUCACUUCACUUUGUCUCCGAUAUCGUCGAUCGAUCUUUGUGCUGACCUCGAGUGAACAACCCAGCGGAGAACAUGGCCUUCUUCUUUGCUGA